UCACUUCCGUUAGAAAGAAUUACACACCGGAGGAUUGCAGGUGGUGUCCAAAAGAAAAACACCAAAGUUCACAUUUUUACUGGACCGCAGUAUCACGGGAUUGAAGUGCCGUACCAUGUUAAAAUUGUAUUUGGUUUUAAAUGUGGUGUGCAUUUACCUAGCUAUUAAAAGUGUUCUUGGUUCUUCAGAGGUUCCGGAUGCUAACGAGCAAAAGAUGUCGACUUUUUUAGCGACGAACAGUGGUGAUGACGACGAAGUCGGUAAACGUGGCUCGGCAAUGUGGUUUGGACCUCGGCUAGGAAAGCGUACGAUUCCAUUCGAACUACACGACGACUUGCUGGAUGAAUUGGACUACAAUCCACCGUUCUAUUCCGGAGAAUCACCCACCCGAUUGGCAACGCAAAUCAGCCAAGGAGCUCCGUACGUUGUGUUUUUGGUAACCGGACAUCCUUUGAAGCCACAGCAGGUGUACUAUCCGGUCACAGUACCUCGACUGAACCGACGUGAUACCGGAGUGAACGAAAAUCACUCGAGACCGCCAUUCGCUCCCCGGCUAGGACGGAAUCUUCCAAUUUCUCCACGGCUGGGACGUUCUUUUAGCGGUGGUCCCGGGGAUAGUUUCGUUUAUUAGUUCGAUGGAAAGUCCUCCAAAACGUUGCAGCAAAUCAUUUCUAUUGGAGUUUUAAAACGGCUGGAACCCGAAUAGAGAAGAUGGGCUGGGAUGUUGUCCGUGUGAUCGGGAAAUAGAUUUUUGUGACUCAAGCAUGUAAAAUUUGUGCAAUAACGAAUACAGGUGUUAACAACAAA